AUGGCAAUAUUUGGACUUCAAAUCGUAUUAUCAUUAAUUGUAUUUUGUAUCUUGACGAAAUUGACAAAGUAUUAUUCAAUUGGAAGGUGGUUAUUAUGUAAAGGUUUAUAUCGAUACUGGCCACCUACAAAUGAUGAAUUUAAAACAGCGAUUAAACAACGAUAUAAAGAACCUGGUAAGAUAAAAAAAUCAAACAAUUAUUUAUCAUCAUCAUAUCAACAACGAUCAUCAAAAUCAUCCACUACUAAUAACACUGAUCAAAUUGAAGAAUUUAAUAUACCCAAUGAUAUAUCACUUGAACUUAAGUUAAUUCCACUUGUUCAUCGUGAUGUUAUUCAAGUUAAAUAUGCUGAUGAAUUUUUUAGCCUCAUUGAUUUUUCAUCGGCAAGUAUUUUCAUAUUUAUACUGACGGAACUUUACAUGUGGUUAGUGCCAAUUAUACGUGGUGGUAGUGCAACUGGCUCAGUAGUUAUUAAUGAACUUAAUCUGAGUCUAUUAUGGUGUACGAUUUCAAUUGUGUUAUGUGUAUGGACCCUUCUACGUAUUGUUCGACAAUAUUUAAAGUCAGAUGAAGGUAGUCUAUGUGUCAUUUUUGGCACUCUAUCAUUUCUUAUAUCAAUGUGUAUACAAUAUUUUGAUGAAAAAAUAUUUCAUAUUAAUUUAAAAGAAACGUAUGGAAAUAUUUCAAACAUAACGUCACAAGUUUACAAAGUGGAUAUUGAUGAUGAUGGAGAUGUUCAAAAACAAUAUUUAAAUCGAAAUUUUAUUUACAUUGUUGUUAUUCUAUCAUUGUUUAGUUCAUUGUUAUCUGUUAUACUUUUUUUUCCAGCGUUUCGUUUCGGUCAAAUACAACAGUUAUUUAUUAAAAAACCACAGACGACAAUAAAACAGAGAUUAAUACUUUUAUUAACAAUCAUUAAUUUUGUAUUACCAUUAUUUAUUUGUUUAUUGUGGUUAAAACCGAUAACAAAAACUUUACAAUUAAAUGUAUUUUCAAAGAUUGCUACAGAAGAUACUGUGAUUGACGAAAGACAACUUUCAAGACUGAAAAUCGUAUUGACAAUUUUAUCUAUUGCCAUUCGUUUGCUUCUAUUCAAAUUGUACAUUCAGACUUAUUUAGAUACAGCCUAUGAUCGUGUUAAAUGUAUCUACGAACAACAACAACAACAGACGAAUAAUACAGCAAGAAUAACAAAUAUAACAUAUCAGAGAAAUGUCACAUCAAUAUUUCUUUAUCUCGGUGUUAUAGCGUGCAAUCUAAUAUUACCCAUCUUUAUUCAAUUAUUCAUCUGUUUUCUCUAUAAAGUAUUAGGCAAUGUUUCAUGGAUUACAAACCUUCCAUCUUCACUUCCAAUACAACAAUCGUCACCAGCAUCAUUACCAUUAUGGUUACAACAAUUGGAUACCUAUGUUUUUUCUAAUACGACAACAAAUUCAACAUUAUCAUUUGUAACAACAUGGAAUGAGUUAAAAACACUCGUCUCUAGUCAAUAUGUAGCGGUUAUAUUUUCUUAUUUUCUAUUUUGUUUUGCAUUACUUUUUAAAUUGGGAACAAUGCGUUCAUUAACUGUUGAUGAGGUUCGUCGACGAUACAAUCGACAAGUGUUGUUUUGUAUGCGAAUUAAAGGUGCAGCCAUAUUUGUUGGCCUUUGGGAUUUGAUGAUUCAUACAGGUGCAUUAUUUGCGCUUAUGUAUAUGUUUUUGCGUAUGCCAACCGAUAAUAGUUAUCGUGUUGCUCCGAUGCCUACACGAAAAAUAUUGACCGAACCUAUUGAUACAAAUAGUGUUAUGUUGACAAAAAUAAUGGAUGCAAGACGAUAUGGUCCAUCAUUUACAACAGCAGAUUUAUAUACAAAUCUCGAUUACAUGACAUUUAAAUGGUCACGUUCAUUAAGUCAACAAGACAAAUGUAUCGUUUUCUUUGUUACUUUAUCGGCUACGGUUGUUACACUGGCAGCACUUUAUGGUGUAUUAACGAGUAAACCAUCGUAUAUUGUGCCGUAUUUUUUGAUCAAAGUGUUUAAUGUGAUUGUCUCGGUAUUAACCAUGCUUGGUUUUUAUGCAUAUUUGCCAGAUAUAACAAUGUGGAUUCGUAUGCAACCGAAUUUUCCAUUUAAGCAAAAUUUACUUGAAUUAGGUCAACAAACAUUGCAAUUGGUUUUAUUUGCAUUUUUGUUAUUCAUCGUUUUGGCUAAACUAUACAUUGCUGCUGUGGUCUGGUAUGCUUAUGGAUACAUUACAGCGUUGAAUGUUGCACGCUCAACUGGUACAACAGCUGAUGAUGAAACAACGUCAGCAGAGCUCUAUUCACCACCGAAAUACGAAGAGGCAAUCAAACAAGAACAUUAUUACUCAGUUUUACCGCCGCCACCGUAUCAACCACUAUUGACCAGUUAA